CACACACGCACACGCACACGCACACGCACAUACACAUACGCGCGCGCACACGGGCACAGGGCGCGCGCGCACGGAGAGAGCGCAGAGUUUCUCCAAACAGAAAGUGAACGGGAGCCACGGCAGAGCUCGGAUUUAUCUCGUCUCGGAGUUGCGAGCGAUGCGCUGGCAGCAUGGCCAGAUGGUUCAAGGAGCACCUGGGUUUCAAAACCACCAAAGCCCCGCCACCGGCGCCUCCGAAACCGGACUACCGACACUUCCACACCGCCGUGUCCAGCCUCCAGACGCCGCCGGGCACCGGGCUUCUGUCCGCGCAGCCAGACAUCCUCACCGCCUACAAACUCCAGAAGGAGCUGGACUUCGAGGAUCCGUACACGCCGGGCGGAACCGUGCCCUUCUCCACCGGACCGAGCUCGGCGGCGGAGGUCAAGUACGUGUCUCCGAAGCACCGGCUGAUCAAGGUGGAGACCGCGGAGCGCAGCGCGGUCAAAGCCCCCUGCUCCCCGCCCGCGGAGCCCGAGAACGGCACGCAGGAGAAGCUCAUCAUCCUAGAGGACUACGCCGACCCCUUUGACGCAGCGGACCAGGCGGGCGGCACUCAGACGGUCACAGAAAAGCCAACGGAGAACGACGGCUACAUGGAGCCCUACGAAGCUCAGAAGAUGAUGGCUGAGAUCCGAGGCGGCCGCGCUCCUAAAGACGGUCCGGUCCGGCAGCUGCCUCUGUAUGACACGCCGUACGAGCCGGAGGAGAACGGAGGAGAUCCGGACGCAGGCGUGUGUUCCCGAGAGAGCCGGCUGCCGCAGGACGACGAGAGGCCGCCGGAGGAGUACGACCAGCCCUGGGAGUGGAAGAAAGACCGCAUCUCCAAAGCCUUCGCAGCGCUGCUCUGUUAUGACUGCAUUAGUGAUGAGGACACGGGCCGAGGAGCGUCCAGGAGAGAUGGACACAUCUCUAGAUCCUCCACAGUAGAGAUUAAAGUGAUAAAGGAUCUGCCGUGGCCUCCUCCGGUCGGGCAGCUGAACUCCAGUCCUCCUCUGAUGGAGGCUCCAUCUUCUCCAGGAGCCUCAGCCUGUGAUCAGCUCCAGCACGUGCAGUUCGACGGCGUGGAGAAGGAGCUGAAGUGCCGUCCGCUGCAGAGGCUCCCGAGCGGGAAGAGCAGCUCCUCGGAGCCCAGCGUGGGCGAGCGCAUCGACCCGGCCGUGCCUCUGGAGAGCCAGUUCUGGUAUCACGGAGCCAUCAGCCGGACGGACGCCGAGGCUCUGCUGCGCUUGUGUAAAGAGGCCAGUUACCUGGUGAGGAACAGCGAAACCUGUAAGAACGACUUCUCGCUCUCGCUCAAGAGCAGUCAAGGGUUCAUGCACAUGAAGCUCUCUCGGACCAAAGACAACAAGUACGUGCUGGGUCAGAACAGCUGCCUGUUCGACAGCGUUCCCGAGAUCAUCCACUUCUACUCCAGCCGCAAGCUGCCGAUCAAAGGGGCCGAGCACAUGUCCCUGCUGUACCCCGUGGCCAUCCGGACGCUCUAGAGGCAGAAACGCUGCGGAAGCGGGACGUUUUGCUCGAAGACCACAAGCGCUACCGAGGUCCUGAAGGCAAAAAGGGAGACUCCUGGACGCCUCGUUUGUCUCGUCUUCAGGAAAGCGGUUUCUCUGCGGCGUCAGGUCCUUCGAAUGCCUUCUUCGUGAUUCCAGACCCGUUUUCGUCCCACGAGUGGAUCUUUUUAGUCUUAGACCUGCACCCACACUUUAUCUCCACUGUUACACACUGUACAGAAACCCCAAGCGUCGCUCAGACCGCCCGGAUCUUCAUAGUUACGAUUUCCGGACGAAGGCGCUGAAUCGUACUGCACCCAAACCUCAUCGCCUGGACUUUCUGUGACGGUAUUGUCGGUCGGUUCAGUGAAAUAUUAAUCGUUAGGUGUGAACAUUUUCAGAUCAUACAGAAAAAUAAACCCCAAAAAGACUGAAAUCGAGUGUCUGGCGUUUUCCGGGUAGACCCACGGAUGUGAAGAGCGAUCGCUGGUGUGCGGACAGAUUCAUCAGGUCCCUUAGAAUAGCAGCAAUAGCGCAGAGCGAGAGGAGAAGUGAUGGAUGGCGCCAUUUAAGUGUACUUGGACAGGCGGCUAUGCAGAACAGUGUGAAAAAGGACCUUUUAGUUUCACGUUCAGAGAGAGUCACUUCAUACACCAGAGUUUAGGGUGAUCUUGACCAAGGAGAAUGAAAUAUUCCUGUAUUGUCUACCUCAGAAAAUCAAUUUCGUUCAUCCAUCCGCCGGUCGAUAAGGUACAGUGACGUUGCAGAUAUCGACCGGUUUAACUCUCUCCGUCUCGAUUUCCCACCAAACUUUGCCUUUUUGGUUCGAGAAUAGCUCGUUCUUCUUCACCCGACCUUGAUUUCUACGCUCUUGUGACUCUGUUUGGUUAAAGCCUUAUACUGUCAAUGCAUGGUUUAAAAAAAAAGAAAACACUUGGAGAACGCUGUCGUUCUGCUCUCGAUGAAUGUUUAGUAGCUGUAAUUUAUUAUGGAGAAAAAAGAAUAAUGCUAUCGCUGAUGUUUUAGUCCAGCUAAGACGAUGUGUGUGUGUGUGUGUGUGUGUGUGUGUGUGUGUGUGUGUGUGUGUGUGAUAUAUCUGACCUUACGUUUCUUUGCAAUUGUCCCCCGCCUGAAAUCUCUGAUUGGACACUGUUUGCCAUGGAAACCAUUUAAAGCAGCUCAGCCAAUCGGAGCACAGAUUUGUCCUGACCCUUCCUCUAAACUCUGGUUGUCCUCGUUUGCCUUCAUCCGGUUUCUUUUGUGUCAUUGUUUUUUGUCUCUCAGUGUUCGUUCAAAGCAUGACGGCCGACACGGUUGUGGUACAGAUAUAAAACCUGUGUGAUUGGUUUAAGCUCAUGCAUCGUCUCAUGUUUUUUUUUCACCUGCAGAGUCCCACCUCCAAAAAAUGAAAAUCGUCAUCAUUUACUCACCUCUUAUAUGUCUUCUAUGCUGUUUUCCAUGCAGUGAGAGUUAAUGAGGAAAGAGGCCUGUGCAGAAAUACAUACAUAUUUGGGGGCAUUUUUAAAGUUCAUGUCUCUUCCGCUCACCAAGGCUGAAUUAAAAAUACAGAAAAAGCUGUACAAUUGUGAAAUAUUUUCACAAACUAAAAUAGCUGAUUUCUAUGUCAAUGUGUGUUAAAGAGUAAUUUAUUUCUGUGAUUUUCAGCAUAAUUUCUCCAGUCUUCAGAGUCACGUGAUCUUCAGAAAUCAGAAUAAUACACUGAUUUACUGCUCGACAAACUUUUUUGAUUGUUUGCAAAAUCUGGAAAACAGUCGCGCCGCUUAAUAUUUUGGCGAAGACUGUCAGGAUUCACAGAAAGUUCAAAAGAACAGAAAUCUAUGGAUACAUUAUAAAUCUAUUUACUGUGGCUUUUGUUCAAUACGAUGCAUCCCCGAUCCCUGUAUUUAUUUCCUGCAUCGCUCCCAAACAGUAGUACACACGACCUCGAAUCUCAUUCAUGCACAUUUUAAUCCUUCGUAUGAAGAUGACACGAUCGUGAGUAAAUGACGACAUCCUUUUCUUUUUUUGGGUUGACUGUCCCUUUAAGAGGACCGAUGGUACCCUGUCUCUCCUUCAUCCACACUCCAGUGUUUAUUGCUGCGUGUCCUUCGUCUUAUUACUCUCUCUGAACGCUCUCAUUAUGAGCCGCCGUGUUUAUUGUCAGUCUUUCCGCGGCGAACCUCUCAGUACCUGUGGAUCCCCAGGAGCUUCGAGGCGUGUUUUUGCUGGAAAUGCGUUUGUGUUUCUGUCAGACGGGUUCAGGAGAGAGAGAGAGAGAGACCGUUCUAGAUGUCAUUCAGCAGAAACAUGCUUUAAUAAGAGAGCACCCUGCACGCUAUAGAGAAGAAGAGAAGAGAAACACGGGACCCUGGAGAUAGAAAGUGUCCUACAGCAAUCGGUCAGAUAUCAUCAAAAUCAUUCACUGGCAAAAGAUGCAAAAGAGUCAAAACAUUAGAAACAUUACUCUCUCGUUGGUUGCGUGAAGGAGCUUUAACAUCCCUGAACCUCUCCAUCGCACAACAGGUUCUUAAGAUGAUUAUUAAUAUGAUUGAAUAAUAAUGCAACUAAUCACUGAAAGAGGAAUAAGAAGAAGAAAAAAAAGCUUCUAGAGAAUUUUAUUUUUAAUUGUUGAUCCUGUUUGUAUUUCUGUACGAUGUUGAAAAAAACUACGGAUGCAUUCAGAACUGAAGCUAGAUUUGAGAAUGAAUUCAUGCAAUAAAAAGCAUAUAUUGGCUUGUG